UCGCUCCGCCGGCGCCAUCGCGGCUGUGAGCAGCGGGGCCAGCCGGGAAGGGGGCGGUGCUGUGAGACGGCGGCGUGGCAGCGCUUCCCUCAUGGCGAUGGUCCGGCUGUGCUGCGUGAGGAGCGGCCGCGCCUUGUCGGCCAUGGGGAGGUGGCUGCAUGGGGGGACCUGCAGGACGGUGUGGAAGGAGGAGGCCGCCGGGCCGCCCUGCUCGCUCGGUAGGGCCGUGUGUUGGUGGGCACACAACGGGAGAAUCCACGGCUUUCUCGGUGACCGUGUGCCGUCUCGGUUCCUGCGCCGUUGGUCUCACAGAAUCACACAGAAUCACACAUUGACCCGGGUUGGAAGGGACCUCAAGGAUCAUGUAGUUCCAACCCCCCUGCCUGGCAGGGCCGCUCCUGUCGCUGCCAUCCCGCAGGUUGGAGGAGGUAAAAGCGAAGAGUUCCGCGUGGUGUACAGGUUCCCUGGUAUUAAAUACUGCCGGCUGCUGUCGAGGUUGAAGCUGCUUCAGACCGCAACGACGCUGCUGGUGCUUCCACCCGUGUGUUACCUGCACCUGCAGCAGCAGCUGCCCCAGGCCGUGCUGCUGUACACGGCCGGCAUCGCUGUCUUUGCCGCUGUGAUGCUGUACGGGAUGAGUUACUUUUUCAGACGAAUUAUCGGGUUGAUUUACUUAAGUGAAAGCGGAAGAACCGUCAAAGUGUCCCACAUGACGUUCUGGGGGAGGCGCAACGACAUCUGCUGCCCCUUGGAGACGGUGAUGACUUUGGAUGAGGUCGGGGAUGCCAGGGGAGAGCUGCUGCUCCGGUUCAGAAGGUACAACAGCACAGAGGUCUUGUAUUUCACUAUUAAAUACGGACAGAUUGUGGACAGACAGAAGUUUAUGCAGAUAUUUGGAGAGCUGCAGUGAUUCAGCGGCAGCUGAUGCCUCUUGUUGUAUUGUUCCUUAUGUGGAUUCUUGCACAACAUGCAAUUCGUUUAUCGAACUGAUACACUUCUGUCAUUUUUGCCACGUCUGCUGGGCUGUGUGUUCAGUGUAACAGUAUCCAACAGUCCUCUGGGUAAGUAAGUAAGUGUUGCAGUUCUGGGGUGAGCAGGAGUGCUCCUUUUGGAUGCAGUUAGUGUGUGCAGUGUCACACAGCCAUAGAGGCAGCGAGGUGCUGCCCUGCAAUGUUUCAGCUUUGGAGGCUUUGGGUAAAAAAAAACCCAAGCUUUCAAAGUGAGUGUCAGAGCAUCCUCAUUUCAGAUUCACCUUCAGCAAGGUUUAGGUUAGCUGGGAAACUUAGUGAAAUUCAAGUGCUCCCAUACAGUCGUAUGAUAAAUGAUGCUAGAUGUCAGAGUGAUACUGGCCCAUGGAUUUAUGAGCAGUAAUUAGUAGUUAUAAUGGUGAAAAGGCUUCCUGACAAUCAUAAAAUCAGUGUUAAAGAAACGAUAUUUGGAUCAGCUCUGAGUACGCAGGGCUGGUGGCUGUGUGGGUGCAAACAGAACCCAAGUGCUGCUGCACAGCUGAUGUCUGGGUGGUUAAAGCCCCUCCAGGAGCCUUCAGUGUUAAAUCAUUUCCCAUUGAAAUAAAGGAAGAAUGCAGUAUUCUUCGUUUGUGGUGCUAUGAAUGACAGGGAGCCCUUUCUCAGUUCGGAUUUUAACAAUCAUUAUGUUGAAAUUUGGAACUACUUGUUCUUGUCUGCAUAUGUUCAUGCUGGGGGGGUUGUUUGUAUGUAUGUGUGAAUGACAUUUAAUCACUGCUGUAGCACUCGAGUUGCAAAAACAGUAAAUAUUGCUAAAAAAUUA